CUGGCCGUGUCGGUGGAGCCGCACCGGCACGAGGGCGUCUUCAUCUACCGCGGCGCCGAGGACGCGCUGGUCACGCUGAACAUGGUGCCCGGCCAGUCGGUGUACGGCGAGCGGCGCGUCACGGUGACCGAGGGCGGCGUGAAGCAGGAGUACCGCACGUGGAACCCGUUCCGCUCCAAGCUGGCGGCCGCCAUCCUGGGCGGCGUGGACCAGAUCCACAUCAAGCCCAAGGCCAAGGUGCUGUACCUGGGCGCGGCGUCGGGGACCACGGUGUCCCACGUCUCCGACAUCAUCGGGCCCGACGGCCUGGUCUACGCGGUCGAGUUCUCCCACCGCGCGGGCCGCGACCUGGUCAACGUGGCCAAGAAGCGCACCAACAUCAUCCCGGUCCUGGAGGACGCCCGGCACCCGCUCAAGUACCGCAUGCUCAUCGGGAUGGUGGACGUGAUCUUCGCCGACGUGGCCCAGCCCGACCAGUCCCGCAUCGUGGCCCUGAACGCCCACACCUUCCUGCGCAACGGGGGUCACUUCCUCAUCUCCAUCAAGGCCAACUGCAUCGACUCCACCGCCUCGGCCGAGGCCGUGUUUGCCUCCGAGGUGAGGAAGCUGCAGCAGGAGAACCUGAAGCCCCAGGAGCAGCUGACCCUGGAGCCCUACGAGAGGGACCACGCCGUGGUCGUCGGGGUCUACCGGCCCCUUCCCAAGAGCAGCAGCAAGUAGGCCCGGCCCGGCUCCCCUGCGUCUCCCCGGGACUGUGCUGUCUUCGCUGUUAUUCUGGAUGGUUGCUCUGUGUGCGUUUUGUUCUGUUGCUUUUCUAUUAAAUGGCGUCAAGACACGGUG